AUGGGUGAACAGAACUGUGUCAAAAGGGAGCAUAAUUCUGUGGACCCCGAAGGCACGGAUGGGAGUACGAGCUUAGCAGGUGAUUCGCCGCCGGUCACCGACGUCGAGAGCACGGCUGGAUUCUCAGCCAGCGAGGUGUCGAGUGAGACAGACCCGAGCCAGGGGUCCGAACCGCCGUCUGACCAGCCCAGCUUCGGGCCUCCGGAGGGGGAUAGGGUCGCCGAGGAGCCUUUAGGUGACGAGCCCCGUGAGGAUCAGAGAUUUCCGGUCAUGGUCUUCAUUCACGGCGACGGGUACCAGGAUGGAUCAGGGAACAUGUAUGAUGGUAGUGUGCUGGCUAGUUAUGGUGACGUCAUCGUCGUCACAUUCAACUACCGUUUAGGAAUUCUAGGGUUUCUAAGUACAGAUGACGGAGCAGCACGGGGAAACUACGGCCUCUUGGACCAGAUCCUGGUCUUGAAAUGGAUUAAUCAGAACAUUGAGAACUUUGGAGGCGACCCGGGCCGGGUAACAAUAUUCGGAGUUGGGUCAGGAGCUGCCAGUGCCGGAUUGUUGAUGCUAUCAAACAUGACUACAGGCUUAAUGUCCGGCGUGAUUGCCCACAGUGGCUCUGCAAUUGCACCGUGGGCUAUCAGCAGGGAACCAAGGAAGUUUGCCAAGAUGGCGGCCACCGAGAUCGGGUGUGAAGCGUCUACAACUUAUAAGAUGGUUGACUGUCUCAGAGAGGUAAGAGCCGAAGAGUUCCAACUGUACGACAUCGAAGCGCCUCUCUACUACAAUGCCUUCGCCCCCGUCGUAGAUGGCGCCCUAAUUGAAGACGAGCCCAGCGUCCUGUUGGAGAAACUCGCAAACGGUGAGAGGAAACCCGGAUGUGACGGAUGUUCCUACAUGAGCGGAGUCACCCGGAGCGAAGGGUUUCACUACGUAGGCGAAGAUGCUGACGGAGUGGGAAGACUUGCACCGGAGGACUUCAAUCACAUACUGGAUGGAUUCGUGCAGAAUAACUAUGGCAGCAACAUGCACGCCGGUAACGUCAUCAAGAAGGCCAUUUAUUACGAGUACAUUGACUGGGGAGGUGGUGAGGGCAACCCAUACACGUUGAUAGAGAGCGCCAUUGAGAUAAUCAGCGAUGACCUCUGGGCCACUCCGGCCAUUAAGUCACUCAAACUGGCAGACAAGUCCGGCAUUAAUGCCUACUUCUUUACAUUUGGUCAUCGGUCAAAGAUGGACGUACACCCAAGAUGGGCCGGUGCCGUCCAUCUCUCUGAUAUGCCUUUUGUAUUCGGAGCGCCACUGGUACCUGGUCCUCUAGGGAUCUUCAAGGAGAAUUACACCAAGGGAGAUGCUACGGUUAGCCUUGCGAUCAUGACGUACUGGAGUAACUUCGCCAAGACAGGGAACCCCAACAUUCCCGAGCCGCAGACAGCCAGCAAGAUCCACCGUCAAUAUCAGAUCAACUUCCCGUACCAGGCUCUGGACGAGUGGCCAAAGUACGACGACGAUACACAGCAGUUUCUUCACAUCGGUGUCUCGCCCAGAAUACGCGACUUCUACCGGCUACACAAGGUCUCCUUCUGGGAGGAGCUAGUACCGGAGAUCAGCCGGGCCUUCCCCGCGGAUCUCAUUCCGGUACCCAGUGGGGAUACGACCCGCGAGGACACACCGACUGCCGCCACAAGCUUCGAGAUGCUUAUAACAUCAAUCACACCGGCCGUGACGUCAGAGAUGACGGAAGACAACGUCAUCCGUGACGUCAUACCGACCACACCAAUUGGAACCCCGGCACCGAUGGGUAAUGAAAUCCCAGUGGGUCCGGUCACGCAGAACGAACCCAACUUCAAAGUGGAACUGAGUGUUGUAAUAGCCGUCGGGGGAUUUCUCCUGCUGCUGAACAUCCUUGUACUGGGUACGAUCUACUACAUGAGGGACAGACGCAAGCUGGAGAGUAAACUCGCUGCUAAAUAUCUAGCGCAGCAGGAAGAACGGAAGCGGCAGCAGAAGAUGUCUGGCGGGGCCGGGAGUCGUCUUGCCUCGGCCAACAAUCACGACACGGCCUCGCCUGCACAUCAUGGCAUCAAUCAUAAUGUGAACAGGAACAGUGUGACCUUCGGAAACGAUGGGGUCAUUGAAUUCCAAGUUUAAUCCAGGCUGCAUCUGUAGAUUCAAUCAACCAUAAUCCCUUUUAAAACUCAAAGCAGAUUAAAACAUCCAGCCAUUGUGUGACGUCUUCAGUUUGGGAUCUGUAUAGUUGCGAUCAACCAUCAUCUCAUGUUGAAUCACUAAGCAGAUUAAUAGCCAGCCAUCGUGUGGAGUCAUCAAUUUGGAAUCUGCACAAGUUUUCAAGAGACAAUGUAGCAACACCAUAGCAACGGUAAGCCGUAGAUUGGCUGGCUUCAGGACCACGUGAUAAAGGGCAGACCCGAAGGGAAAACAUGAUCAAGUGACGGCCUAUCAACCAGUAGGAUUGCUUCAACUGUCUUGGUAGUUGGAAAUAAUAGGGUUGAAAAACAACAAAUUGAGCGGGCUUAGAGUGGGAUUAUAAAACAACCUCUGGUUUAAUGUCCUGCAGCCGAUUUCACGAAACGCUAGGAUUGAUCCUAUCUCGAGUUAGGACGAGUAACUAGUCCUAACUUAGGUUUAAUCUUAAGGUGCUGCUACAAUGCAGGGUUGGGACUAAGUCCUAAGAUUAAUCUUAAGUUAGGAAGAGUUUGGUGAAAUCGACGGCCGGCUCUCUAUACCAACUGAACUUAGCCAUGUGCAAGCGGUCUCCUUAUUUCGUCAAUAUCGUUAUUCGAGGUGCCGGCAGAAGCCAUAUCGGUUAACGUUUUUCUGCUGUGUAGCCAGAGAUAACACCAGUGGAUUAACCGUACUAUGACGCAACCCGGAAAGCGACAGUAGAGAUAUCAACUUAAGGGGCGCGGAUGAUUGGUUCUUCAAAUCUCUGGUUUUAAACUGACAGGGUAAAUUUGAAAUAAUUAAGAGUUGAACAUAAACCAAAUUAGCUUUUACAUCUCCGGCAUGUCAAUUUAGACCCUGUUCUUGAAAUAUGUUUGGCGUUCGUAUUUGCAUUGAUUCUGAAGGACAAAAUAUUCGCAUGGAUACAACUUAGCCAAAUAAAUUAGUUGACGAUUAUUGUUAUUGACGACUAUUUGUCUUGCCUCCGAUGGGGAAUUUAUUAUGACGAUAAAAUAAUCUCUAAAACAGAUUAAAGAUAUCCUAAAUGAUAACAAUGUUCUCCCUUGCGAAAAAAUGAUUUGUUUGUUAAAAAUAAUGAACUUUCACCCGUGUGUAUUGGAGUAUCUCGAUACAUCUAUACUAAAAAACAAACCAAAACAAAAUAAAUUUAUACUUUGAUUGUGGUGAAAAAUGGCUAUAACAAAACUUAGAAUAAGUGAAAACUUGAACAAGUAAGUGUCUGGUGAAAUGUCAGAUGUGUUCAGAAAUUAUCUUGAAAGUCUGUUAAAAAUAAUGCAACGACCACAACAUUUGGGGGCACAUCUCCGAUGAAAAUAUUCAUUUUAAACUGGUCGUGAAUUUACAGAAUCAAUUUACCCGAAACGAGGCUGAAGGGGGAACAAAAUUUGCCAGAGCCCCAUAAAGACAUCAAAAUGCGUAUAAACGUCGGGGAACUAGGCGAACAUUGUGACUGCAUAGAAAAGUACACAUCUAGUGUUAAACAGUUUUCUCCAUACGGGAACGUUAAUUGGCCAUACUUACAGCAGGUAAUAUUUAAUUUGGAUUGGUAAAUUGAUUGUUAUAAUUUGUACAUAAUUUGUAAAUAAGCUCAACACUUAAUAGUUUAUUGUGUCAAUAUUGUAAGACAAAGGUAAUUGUUUGUUAUGGUGUUUUUUAUACCAAUUGAAAUAUUAUAAAAGUGAGUGUUGAGUGAAGUUGUAUCUAAUGAAUAAUUUUUAUAUUUCUUGAUAUUCGUUGUGGAAUAUUAAAGAGUAAUAACUUUACCAAUAAGGCAUUCCGUAUUGUCCCUAUUCCUAUAAAAAGUAGUAUUUCUCUUUAGAAAACAAAAUACCCAACUAUAAGUGAUUGUCAUCCCUAUAUUAUUAUCACUGUUUUCUGUAUACAAGUAUAACUAAUGCCGUAACGAUAUUUUAAGUAUAUAUAACGGUGAGUCGUUUGGCAGUACGUAACGUUUACCGUAAAUUUCAGUAAAAAAUCUCUAUCUGGACGUAAAGCAGUAUUUAAAAUAUAAAAACCGUGUUCGUUCUCUAGUGGAACAAUUAUUUACGGCUGCACUAAAAUACACAUUUAAAUAAUAAUAAACAACUGAUUAAAGGCAGUGGACCCUAUUGGUAACCACUCAAAAUAAUUAUUAGCA